CUUUGCGGUAGAAUUUCUAUAACGGUUGAAUUGAUUCCAUGUGAUAUAAUUAAAUCUAGAGUAUGUUUAAAAUGGUGAGUGGGUCCAGUGACAUUUUGUUUGACCCCAAAGGAGUUUAUAGUAAAUCUGUAAACGCAGCCCCAAACGCAUCAUUAGUAUUGUCAACAUGAAUGUUAAAAUCCCCAACAAUCAGCACUUUAUCGACGUUGACCAAUAGGUCUGAGAGAAAGUCAAUAUGGACAUGCCUCUUUCUCAUUCCCCUUUACAUUGACAGCUAAGUAAAAUGGGUAAACGUGUAUCCAUCUGGUAGUAAUCUCUGCAGAAGGCUUUAGCCAUUUAGAAUGUGAUUCUGAUCCCUGACAAUUUGAGCUCCCUGAGGGAUGAAAUAUGAAAUAGGCUACGUGAACAGAUGUAGUGACUGCAUGUGAUAUAAUUGUAUGCAAAUACUAAUUUUAUUAUUAGUUAUGUACAUGAAGUUGAUUUAUGUUCUAUUUUUUUUUCUGUUACUUGAUUAAUGUUUAAAGCUUUAGACCUAUUUAGAUUUUACCACUCAUGGUGCUGAUACUGUGCACAUCAGUAAUUGUUCAUGGAAAGAGUUUAAUUGACUUUAGUUCUGUUUUACCACCUGUAGCCUAUCAUUAUGAUGGUUUAUCAGUAGCUAAUAUUUUAAGGUAUAGAGCAUAAUUUAGUUGUUCAAGUAGGUUGGUGUGUUAGUCAGGUCUCUCUCUCGUGACGUCAAGAUGCCUUUAUAUUACACUCCUGUUGCGCGUCCAGCAAAGCUCGCGCACUCGGCUGGAAUACAGAACGACGCGUAGCGAUGCAGAGCUGGGACUGAGAAGGGAACGUUUUGCCUCUAGGAUGCAAUGCGUAGACAAACGAAGUAGCACAUUAUCGGACAUCAAACGGUCAACAUUAAUUUACCACAAUACGUUGCUGCGACACGUAUGCUACUGACCUUGUGAAAAACUAAUAAUAGUUCAAACAGUCAGAUAUAUAUCAUGGGUUCCGCAGACCUUAAUGAGGAGUACUGUCUAACUGAUAUUUAGAUAGUCAGUUUGCUUGUCUCUUUUGAACGUCAAGUUCAACGGUCCAAAGUGCUCUCAAAGGUGAAGCGCGCUGUCAAAUGAGAAUGAUCAUCAUUAUCAUCUGUAGCCUACUAAUUGAAUCAUGAUGCUCAUGCGCCGGAGUACGCUGAGGUGUUCAUUGAAGGAGUCUUACCUCAAAAAAUCCAGCACUGAUUCACAAUAACUUUUCUAACUAUUCCUAAGGAUGUUUUCCGAGCAGGCUGACUUAAACUACAGCUUUAACAUGAGCGAAGAAGACCGGUUAACUCUUCUGGACGAGGACUGGAGCGACUCGCCGGUGGAGACGCUCUCUCGCGCGGGCUUCAUCGCCCUGUCCGUGUUCCUGGGAUUCAUAAUGACUUUCGGCUUUUUCAACAACUUUAUUGUAUUAGUUCUCUUCUGUAAGUUCAAGACGCUCCGGACGCCGGUUAACAUGCUGCUUCUUAACAUUAGCGUCAGUGACAUGCUGGUGUGUAUGUUCGGGACGACCCUGAGCUUCGCGUCCAGUGUGCGGGGAAGGUGGCUGCUCGGACGACGCGGCUGCAUGUGGUACGGCUUCAUCAACUCCUGCUUCGGUAUCGUGUCUCUGAUAUCCUUGGUGGUUCUUUCUUACGACCGCUACAGCACACUGACGGUGUACCAUAAACGUGGUCCAGACUAUCGCAAACCUCUUUUGGCAGUAGGGGGUUCCUGGCUGUACUCUUUGAUCUGGACAGUGCCCCCUCUUCUGGGCUGGAGUAGUUACGGGCUGGAGGGGGCCGGAACCAGCUGCUCUGUAUCGUGGACCCAGCGCACGGCCCAGUCUCAUGCCUACAUCAUCUGCCUGUUUAUAUUCUGCUUGGGCUUACCAGUGCUCAUCAUGGUCUAUUGCUAUGGAAGACUGCUCUAUGCUGUCAAGCAGGUAGGGAAGAUACGCAGGACAGCAGCACGGAAACGGGAAUACCAUGUUUUGUUCAUGGUUAUCACCACCGUUGUGUGUUAUCUCUUGUGCUGGAUGCCAUAUGGUGUCGUGGCCAUGAUGGCUACAUUUGGCCGGCCAGGAAUCAUCUCACCCGUGGCCAGCGUGGUUCCCUCUCUCCUCGCCAAGAGCAGCACAGUCAUCAACCCGCUAAUAUACAUCCUGAUGAACAAACAGUUCUACAGGUGUUUUCGUAUCUUGUUCUGCUGUCAGAGGAGUUUAAUGCAGAACGGUCAAUCAUCCAUGCCCUCCAAGACCACAGUCAUCAAGCUCAACCAUAGAGUCCACAGUAACACUGUUGCCUGCACUGCCCAGAUUUCCACAGUCAUCCACAACUGCAGCACUCCUGCCACAGAGAGAACCAAUCCCCCAGAGAUCACCCCUUAACCUGAGCCAUCCCAUCCCAGCAGCAUGUGGAUGAUGGUCAACCCUGACUUGUGGUCAACCCGGCCUUGAUUUAAUUAAUGUAGCCAUUCAGUCUCAUUCAACGGUUUGUCUUGGCCUUUUUCAUGGUUCUCUAUCAACUAGACAACUCUCUACUGUGUUGCUUUUCCUAUGCUUCCUUUUACACCUGCAUCAAUUAAUCAAUAAAACAACACAACUGUGGAAAGAGCCAACAACAUAUUUCAUUGCUGAUUGUUUUUUUGUUUUCACUGUGCAUUAGGAAACCUAAGUGAUGCCACUGCAGUAAAAUGUAGUUUUUUUGACCAAAUCUAAAUGAUGUUCUUUAAUUUUUUUUUUUCCCUUCAUUUCACCAAAAAAAAAAAAAAAAGAGUUAGACUGUAUAUCUGCAUUGAUUUUUAAGACAUACACAAGGAAAUGUAUACGACCAUUCAAAAAUUUGGGGUCAGUAAGUUUUUUUUUUUUUCUUUUCUUUUCUUUUCUUAAUUUUUAUUAAAAUAAAUUAAAACUUUUAUUCAGCUGAUCUUUUGAACCUAUUUCUGGCAGCUAAAAACUCAGCUUUGCCAGCACAGGAAUAAAUUAUUUUAAAAUAUAUUACUGUAGAUGUACUAAAAGACUAACAAAUUCAAAUUUACUUAUUUAUUCGUAAAGCAUAAAAUCUAAAGUUUUUAAUUUUAAAUCUGCACAAUAUAUUAUAACUUUUGUUAAUUAUUUGGAACCAUUUUUGCACAACAUGUUAAUCAUGCUUUUUUCCCCCCCAACUUAAUUUGCACAACUUAUUUUAGGCAAGAUGUGGAAUAUCAAUAUAUUUAAUCAAUUAUCAAGUAUUUGCUGCCCUGCUUUUUCCAUAAAUAUCUGUUGGGGUUUUGUCUUAAACUGUUUAAAAUGAAAUAUUUCUUACUGUUAAUGUUUCAAUUGAACUAGUCUAGAGUAUUGUGUAUGAUAUUAUUUGAAAGGAUUGUUAUUGUUGAAACUGUCAUUUUCCCUUUGGUGACAAAUUAGUUUUGCACAAGGCAUUGAACUGUAUUUCCUGUGUGUUAAAUGUCUGUCAUACAAACGGUAAAGUAAAAGUAGCCAUAUCGCAUACUACUGAAAUAAUUUACAAUAUGUCAUGAGUUAUAUAUUAAUGCUAUUUAGGCUUUUUUUUACCAAUACCAAAGAAAGAGCGCUUUUAUCUGUUACAUCAUGCCUCAUAUUUUUCCAUUUCUCCCAGUUAUAUUACUGUGAUGAGUUAUAUUGCUGUCCAGGUCACUAAUAUAUAGAAAACAAUUUUAGAAUAAAAGCAGAGGUACACUGAUCAAGAACAUUACAACUCUGUUAUAAUGGCGAAACAAGUGUUUCAUGAGCAAUGCAAUAAGUAAAGAACUAUUUCCACAGGUGGAACCUUCAUCCCCAAAUCCAAACACCUUAUGCAUAAUACAGAGGUAUGAACGAUUCACUUGGGAUCCAGAAUAAUGAAUUCUCAGAGGGAUUUUCAAGAAAAUAAAAGACUUCUUUAGCUUUUGAAAUGUGCUGAAUGUAUGCCUAGGGUUGAAUAGUGUCUCUAAGGACUCAUUGACACUGCUCAAACUCAUGAACAUCACUCCCAUCUCUUUAACACUGAACAGAUUGUGUAUAAAGUGCCAAACACACCAAGAGGACAAUGUUAGCAUUUCUGCAUUUAAAUAUCUGUCUAUUUGCAAGUACCUACAUAUGUAAUUGUUAUGACAUCACAAAAUGGAUAUUUGCCUGUCAAAUUGUUGUUCCAUUUCAUCCAAGUAUAAAUGCAGCAGAAACUAUGAAUAGAGCAUCACCAAUUGAUUGCAGAAAUCUAUGAGUUAUGAGAACCAUGUGUGCAAAAUUGUUUGUGAUUUUUAUAAAUAAGGAAGGCA